AUGGAAUUAGAAAUGACUUGGAUUGAUCAAAUCAACAACGAGAUAAAUAGCAAUGGUCCUUCAAUAUCUAAUGAGAUGGAACAAUGGAAGCAUUCAAUUUACAAAAUACCCUCAAUAGUAACAAAUCUAAACAAAAAAGCCUACAAACCACAAGCAAUCUCAUUUGGUCCUUAUCAUUAUGGAGAGGAACAUUUAAAGGCUAUGGAAGAACACAAACAUAGAGCACUUGUUCAUUUCCUAAAGAGAUGUGAAAAGCCAAUUGAGUUGGUAUUCCAGGAAAUGGAACAAGUGGUUCAAGAGUUGCGAGACUCAUACAAGCCACUUGAUCCAAUUUGGAUAUCGGAUACACCAAAGUUUGUUCAAAUGAUGAUUCUUGAUGGUUGUUUUAUUUUGGAGAUUUUGAAAACUAAUGAUUGUGCUCUUGAUGAUUAUGCUGAGAAUGAUCCUGUCUUUGGUGAACAUGGGAAGUUUCAUGCUUUGCCAUAUAUCAAGCGUGACAUGCUUAUGCUUGAGAAUCAGAUUCCUAUGACGGUUUUACAUACAUUGAUUCAACUUGAAACUACAUCGAAGCAGGAAGAUGAUCAUGAGUUAUUAAACGAGAAAAUCGUGAAACUAUUAAACCCUAGCACACCGUUAAUCCAAAGCUUAGGAAAAUGCAUGCACAUAUUAGACGUGUACAGAAAAAGCCUAAUUCAACAAGGACCAAGCCACCCAACACGCAUGCCAAAAGCAGCAAAAAGAAACUGGCUAACUUUAGAAGCAGGAGAAGAGAUUAUUCGAUCAGCAGUAGAGCUUCACGAGGCAGGAAUCCGCUUCAAGAAAAGCAAAACAUGGAGUCUCAAAGACGUUUCUUUUGAUCGAGGUGUUCUUAGGCUUCCAAUUUUGGUUGUAGAUGACACAACCGAAUACAUGCUUCUUAAUCUCAUUGCCUUCGAGCGUCUGCAUGUUGGAGCAGGUAAUGAGGUAACAUCAUUUAUAUUCUUUAUGGACACCAUUGUUGACAAUGCCAUGGAUGUUGCACUCUUGAAUCGGAAUGGGAUCAUAAUCAAUGCUCUUGGAAGUGAUAAAGUUGUUUCAAAAUUGUUUAACUCGUUGUCGAAGGAUAUAACAGUGGAUCGACAUGGAGUGCUUGAUGUGGUGAGGAUGAGUAUGAGUGACUAUUGCAGGAAACCAUGGAAAAGAUGGCGCGCUAAUCUUAUUCAAACUUAUUUUAGAAAUCCUUGGGCUAUUGUUUCUCUUGUUGCUGCUUUUUUCCUUUUUGCUCUUACUAUUGUUCAGACUGUAUAUUCAGUUCGUCAAUUUUAUCAAAGUCCAAGUCCAAGUCCGAGCCAAGCCAAGUCACCUAUUUUACCAGUUACUCCAAAGCCUCACCAUCUUCUAUAAUAAUCACUUUACCUAGUUACUUGUUUUCUCUUUUAGUUUAUAUAUUUGUGUAAUUUGUUUUCAUGAAUU